GUGUUUCCCUCGGAAGUGCGAGAGUAACACUCCUGCCGACGACUUCUGUUUAUGCCAUUGAGGGCUUUGUCUUAAACGUCCAAUUUCUCCUUCUGGCGCGUAUUAACGACGCAUUACUGAAAAUAGAGGAAGGUGGAUUAUUAUGAGCAAAGAGUCCAGAAUGAGGGCGACAAUUAACCAAAAGUUGACAGAGAUGGGUGAGCGAGAAAGGUUAAAGGAGUUGCUAAGAGUCAAGUUAACAGAAUGUGGAUGGAAGGACCAGAUGAAGGCUCACUGUAAAGAGGUCAUCAAAGAAAAGGGUUUGGAGCAUGUGACGGUGGAGGACCUAGUGGUGGAGAUCACUCCAAAAGGAAGAGCAUUGGUCCCUGACAGUGUCAAGAAAGAACUUCUGCAUAGAAUAAGAGCUUUCUUAGCUCAACAUGCCUCCUAACUCCUCACAGACCUCCUGGAUUUGCCCUUGACAUAUGUUUUUUUUUUUUUAAUAAUCUUGUCAUUUUGAAUUGUCUUUAUUGAUCAUGACUGCAGAUUUACAUUUUUUGUUUUUUUUUUUUUGCAGCCUGCUAUUUCUGUAAUGAACGUGAUAUACUUUCUAAAUAAAGUGUUCAUGUAAUCGA